GUGUGUGUGUGUUUGUGUGUGUGUGUGUGUGUGUGUGAUCCUUCAGAGCCAGACACAAGGCCAUAUUGCUGGAUCUAUCUAGUCAUUCUUGGAAGUCCGCUACCGACGGCCCGACACCCGCAGCCGUCGUACAUACAGCAGAUCUUGCGGGGCUGUAGCUCAUCCUGACGGAGUAUACAGCAGGGUAGACGGCAAAGAUGGUUGGCCCCGACGGAGUUAUUCACCUUGAGUUGAAUAUGGCUAGGGACAUGUAUCCAAUCGGGAGGUCAUUCAAACUUGCACCGCAGCUAUCGCCGACCAGCGCCAUCCUGCUACAACGCAGCCCUGGGCAUCCUGGGCAAACCUUUUGCUUGGAGCAGGAACCCAGUGGCGCUAGCCCUGGCGCUGCAGAGCAUGCAGAGUCCUACGCCCAUAGGUACUUCCGUGCCAUAGCAUCCUGGCUAGUGUUGUUUCUCCUCUCCAAAUUCGCGGACAGUCAGACUGGACUAGACUAAACUUGAGAGACGCUACUACACUAACUAGACUACUACUGCUGCUGCUAAUCCACUCUACAAAGUACUCAAACCAGCACGCUAUGUUGUUCUCUUUCCCUGGACUGGAAAUUCCCAAAUGGCCCGAGUAUGCCAAUUGACAAAUAACAAGUCGUGGAAUCUCCACCUCACAGGAGUUGGCCUAGAGUUGGCGCCGGAGUGAACCGCGGAGAGAGCAGAGCUCAGGAUUUCAACGAGUUGAAGGGCCCGUCCGGGUCACGCUAGACUCAACAGCGUAAAUGCACGGA